AUGCUGCAAUACCUUCUGACAAAUCAGCAGAUUCUAUACGUUGUCCUCAGUGUGGGAUGUUUAGGAAACCGUAUGGCCUAUAUUACUAUAAGGGAUGUCCAACUUGCGUUUGGUGGACCUGCCCUGCUCGAUGGCGCAAACUUCAAUUUAGAACGAGGCGAACGAGAUGUACCGAUGGAUUCGGGCAAAGUUGCCGAUAUUGUUGCCGAAGGUGCAGGAGAAGCUGCGCUCGUCCUAAAAGAAUACCAUGAAGCCAGCGAUGCUUGUGUAUUAGGUGAUAUGGAAGCUUGUGAUCGUAUGGGCAACCUACAACAUAAGCUCGAUUUGCUCGAUGGUUGGGCAUUAGAAACCAAAGUAAAUUCUAUCUUGAGCAAAAUGGGCUUAGAUCCUGAAGCAGAUUUAGCAGAUUUAUCAGGCGGGCGUAAACGCCGUGUACUUUUAGCACGUGCAUUGUUGACGCAACCUGACGUUUUAUUACUUGACGAACCAACCAACCAUUUGGACGUAGAAAGUAUUGAAUGGUUAGAGAAAUUCUUACUCGAUCAAAACAAUCUCACCCUGUUAUUUAUUUCCCAUGACCGUGCUUUUGUUGACAGUAUUGCGACACGUAUUGUGGAGUUGGAUCGUGGUGUUUUACGUAGUUAUGAAGGUAACUACUCACGCUAUCUCGACUUAAAAGCACAGCAAAUGGAAGCUGAAGAAAAGCAAAAUGCGCUGUUUGAUAAACGCUUGGCUGAAGAGGAAACUUGGAUUCGUCAAGGGAUCAAAGCACGUCGUACCCGUAACGAAGGUCGUGUACGUGCAUUAAAAGAUUUACGUGAACAAUCUAAAGCACGUCGCUCACAACAAGGUAAAGUGAGCAUGGCGACUCAAGAGGCGAAUCGUUCAGGUAAAUUGGUCUUUGAUAUUGAACACUUAAGUGUGGCUUUUGGUGAUAAUGCACCGAUUAUUAAAGAUUUCUCUGCGUUAGUACUGCGUGGCGACCGUAUUGGUUUAGUCGGUGAUAAUGGUGUAGGUAAAACCACCUUGAUUAAAGCCAUUUUAGGUGAACUUGAACAUGGCGGUUCGGUGAAAACAGGUACACAGCUUGAAGUGGCUUAUUUUGACCAAUUACGUAAUGCGCUAGAUCUUGAAAAAUCAGUAAUGGCCAACGUGUCUGAAGGCUCAGACUUUGUCGAUGUUAAUGGUGGUCGCCGUCAUAUCUACAGCUAUUUACAAGACUUUUUAUUCUCGCCUGAACGCGCGCGUACUCCAGUAAAAGCACUUUCAGGUGGUGAGCGUAACCGUAUCCUUUUGGCAAAGUUAUUGCUUAAACCGUCUAACCUUAUUGUGAUGGAUGAGCCAACCAAUGACUUAGACAUGGUGACUUUAGAAUUACUCGAAGAGAUGUUGAGUGAUUAUAAAGGGACUUUGUUAUUGAUCUCCCAUGACCGUGCAUUUAUGGACAAUGUUGUGACAUCAACCUGGGUAUUUGAUGGUAAAGGCAAUAUCGAUGAAUACAUUGGUGGCUAUCAAGACUAUCUAGAACAACGUCCAGAUCAACGUGUUGUCGAUCAGAAAAGUGAUGUAAAAAAAGCCAUUGCUAAAGCGGAAGCUGCUGCGACACCUGCUGAACCAGCCGUUAAAAAAGUGAAAUUGAGUUAUAAAGAUCAACGCGCUUUAGAACAGUUACCUGCAGAAAUUGAAGCUUUGGAAAAAGAACAAGCUGAACUGACUGCAAAACUUGCAGAUGGUUCUUGGUUUGUGACUGAUGCAGAUGCAGCCACCAAAGCGUCACAACGACUUGGCGAGAUUGAUGAACUGAUGCUUGAAAAAAUGGAGCGUUGGGAUGCAUUAGAAGAAAUGAUCAAAGGUUAG